CUAUGCUCCGGAUGCUUAUCAGCCGUUUAAUGGUCUUUUUCCUCUGCUGCAGGCUCUGUUGUGCAGUGACCUACACUGGUCUUGGGAGUCGUAGGACGGAUUCAGGGAGACCCCGGAAACCUAGAAAUGUGUAGGCAUACCAGAUUUCAAUCCCACCAGCAAGAAAUGAGGAUUACCAGCAGCUUCACAUCUUCACUAGUAUCUCAUGUUGACUCAAUAGCCAUUGAAGAUGUGGCUGUGAAUUUCAGCCUGGAGGAGUGGGCUUUACUGAAUCCUUCACAGAAGAAACUCUACAGAGAUGUAAUGCGGGAAACCUUCAGAAACCUGGCCUCAAUAGGGAAGAAUUGGGAAGGUCAUGAUAGUGAAGAUCACUUCAAAAACCAGGGGAGAAAACUAAGAAGUCAUGUCGUAAAGAGACUCUGUGAAAGUAAAGAGGGUAGUCAAUGUACAGGAAACUUCAGCCCUAUUCCAGAGCUCAGUCUAAACAAGAAAACUACAGGAGUGAAACCACAUGAAUGCAGUGCAUGUGGAAAAGUCUUUAAGCAUCAUUCAUCCCUUAAUAGGCAUAUCAGCCGUCAUAGUGGACACAAAUUGUGUGAAUAUCAGAAAUAUGAAGAGAAGCCAUAUAAAUGUAAGGAAUGUGGUAAAGCCUUCAGUUAUCUUCAGUGUUUUGAAAAGCAUGAAAGAAAACACAAUGGACAGGAAAACUAUAAAUGUAAGGAAUGUGGGAAAGCUUUUCGUUUUCGCACAUCCUUUCAAACCCAUAAAAGGAUUCAUACAGGAGAAAAGCCCUAUGAAUGUAAAGAAUGUGGGAAAUCCUUUAUGUGGCUCACAACCUUUCAAAGACACAUGAUAAUGCACACUGGAGAUACUCCUUAUAACUGUAAGGAAUGUGGGAAACCCUUUAAGUGGCUCACAACCUUUCGAAGACACAUAAUAACACACACCAGAGAUGCUCCUUAUAAAUGUAAGGAAUGUGGGAAAGUAUUUAGUUUUUUAAGUGCCCUGCAAAUCCAUGAAAAAACUCACAUGGGAGAGAAACCCUAUCAGUGUAAACAAUGUGGAAAAGCCUUUAGAUAUCGUCGAACUUUUCAAACACAUGAAAGGACUCACACAGGAGAGAAGCCCUAUGAAUGUAAGCAGUGUGGUAAAGCUUUUAUUUCUCGUGUAGGAUUACAAAACCAUGAACAAAAUCACAAUGGAAAGAAAUUCUAUGAAUGUAAAAAAUGUAGUAAAGCAUUCAGUUAUUCCAGUUCUCUUCGAAAACAUGAAAGAAACCAUACUGGAGAGAAACCCUAUGAAUGUAAGGAAUGUGGAAAAGGCUUUAUUUUUCUCUCAAGCCUUCGAGCACACAUGAUAAGUCACUCUGGAGAUGGACCUUAUAAAUGUAAGGAAUGUGAGAAAGCAUUCAUUACUCCCAGUUCAUUUCAAAUACAUGUAAGAACUCACACAGGAGAGAAGCCUUAUAAAUGUAAACAAUGUGGGAAAACUUUCAAUUGGCCCACUUCCAUUCGGAGACACGAAAAAAGUCAUAGUGGAGAGAAACCCUAUGAGUGUAAGCAGUGUGGUAAAGCCUUCAGUUGCGCCAGGUCUUUUCAAAGCCAUGAAAGGAGACACAGUGGAGAAAAGCCCUAUGAAUGUAAAAAAUGUGGUAAAACCUUCAGUUGUCCAAAUUCCUGUCAAAAACAUGAAAGAAGUCAUAAUGGAGAGAAACCUUAUGAAUGUAAGGAAUGUGGGAAAGCCUUCCGUUCUUUCACCAAAUUUCAGAGACAUGUGAUGAAGCACACUGGAGAUGGACCUUAUAAAUGUAAGGAGUGUGGGAAAGUCUUUGAUUGUCCUAAUUACUUUCGAAGUCAUGAAAGGACUCACAGUGUAGAAAAGCCCUAUGAAUGUAAGGAAUGUUGUAAAGCCUUCAGUACUCCUAGGUCCCUUAGAAGACAUGAAAGAACUCAUACUGGAGAGAAACCUCAUGCAUGUAAGAAAUGUGGUAAAGCCUUCAGUUAUCCCAGUUUCCUUCAGAAACAUGAAAGAAGUCAUACCAGGGAGAAACCCUAUCAGUGUAAACAAUGUGGUAAAGCCGUCAGUUAUCUCAGUUCCCUUCGAAGUCAUGAAAGAACUCAUAGUGGAGAAAAACCCUAUGAAUGUAAGGAAUGUGGGAAAGCAUUCAUUUUUCUCUCAAAAUUUCGGUUACAUAUGAUAAAGCACACUGGAGUUGGACCUUAUACAUGUAAGAAAUGUGGGAAAGCCUUUGAUUGUCCCAGUUCUUUGAGAAACCAUGAAAGAACUCACACUGGAGAGAAACCAUAUGAAUGUAAAAAUUGUAGUAAAGCCUUCAGUCGUCUUCGUUCUUUACGAAACCAUGAAAGAACUCAUGUUGGAGAGUAG